GUGUCAAUGUUGAUGCUGAAUUAUAACUGUCUGCGGUAAUAUGUAGGAAACGUUGAGCGAGAAAUUUAUGACAUACAGUUAGUACAAUUUACUAUUCUUAGUAGAAUUGUACCAAAUUUAAAUAUGUAUUUAUUAUAAAUUACUUUAUUCAUUAUCAAACUAAAUGAAACCUAAUGUAAAACUGUGUAUCGUUGGUCAAUGAGACCAGGAGGCGGAGGCUGAGUGACACUGUGCUCGUGUUUCAGUUCAUCCACUCUUCAGACUCCAGUGAUUGCACAGCAAUGCCUUUAGGUAAAAGCUUUCGCGUUUAUCAUAAAGCGAUCCCUCCAAAUCCGUAUAGUGUACUUUUAGAAAAGAGGAAUAAGAAUGAAACUCUUCUGUUUGAAUCCCAAGCAGUUGCUGUUUUAUCUGAGCAUGAAACUGAUAUGGUGAAGCGUCAGUAUUCACCUCUGUUGGAUGCUUAUGGUUGUCUUGGUGUGUUACAGCUGACAGUUGGAGAAACUACAGUUUUGUACCUAGUUCUUGUCAUGGGGUGCCUAUCUAUUGGAAAACUGGGCCACUCAGAAAUCUUCUGCAUCACUGAAACUGCUUUUAUUUCUCUGAGGAACAAUCCACAAGACUUGGAACGAAUCCAAGAGGUGCGGAAGGUUCUUAAUUCUGGUACUUUCUACUUCUCAUGGUCUUCUACUGUAAAUGACCCCAUUGACCUAACUCUUUGUGCCCAAAGAAGUAUGUGGACCCAGGAGACUGAUAACAGAUUUUUUUGGAACCGUAUGUUACACAUUCAUCUGUUACGAUAUGGAGUGGAUUGUGCUCAGUGGUUAAUUAAAGCCAUGUGUGGAGGUAUUGAAAUGAAAACCAUAUAUGUUGGGCAUCAACAAGCACGAGCAUGUGUAAUAUCUCGUCUUAGUUGUGAGCGAGCUGGGACACGGUUUAAUGUCAGGGGAACAAAUGACGAUGGGCAUGUGGCAAAUUUUGUUGAAACAGAACAGGUUAUCUACAUGGAUGACCAAGUAUCAUCAUAUGUUCAGGCACGUGGGUCAGUACCUUUGUUUUGGGAACAGCCAGGAGUACAGGUUGGUUCUCAUCGUGUAAAAAUGUCCAGAGGAAGUGAAGCUUCAGCUCCUGCAUUUGACAGACACUUUAGUGUCAUCAAACAACGAUAUGGGGACCAGGUGAUAAUCAAUUUGCUGGGAAGCAAAGAAGGGGAGGCAAUGUUAAGUCAAAUGUAUCAGACACAUCUCAAAGCUUGUCGCCACAAAAACAUUCCAAUGUUUAAUUUUGACUAUCAUUCUGUGUGUCGUGGGGGAAGGCAAGAAAACCUUGUUCAAUUGAAGAAUAGGACUUUUAAAGAAAACUUUGAAAAAUUUAGUCUGUUUCAUGUAGCUGGUGGAGAAGUUUAUCAACGACAAACAGGAACUUUCCGUACCAACUGCUUGGAUUGUCUCGAUAGGACUAAUGCAGUACAGACAUUUAUUGCACUAGAGAUACUUCCCAAGCAACUUGAGAGCUUAGGCCUUAUUGAUAAACCUCAAAUAGUUAAUCGGUUUGUGGAGGUAUUUCGCCAGAUGUGGAUUCAGAAUGGUGAUCAAGUGAGUAAAAUAUAUGCUGGAACUGGAGCACUUGAAGGAAAAUCAAAGUUGAAGGAUGGUUCCCGCUCUGUAGUGCGUACAAUACAAAGCAAUCUCUUAGACAACAGUAAGCAAGAAGCUAUUGAUGUGCUACUUUUGGGAAGUGCUUUAAAUACUGAGCUUGCUGAUCGUACCAGGGCCCUGCUUCCUACACAUGUGUUGCAUGUCCCAACAAACAUUCUUCGAACCAUGUGCAGUCGCCACCUGGAAUAUGCUCAUCCACAAAAAGUAAGAAUUGCUGUGGCAACUUGGAAUGUGAAUGGAGGAAAGCAUUUUACCAGUGUUGUCUUUAAACACCAGCCUCUUAGUGAAUGGCUUUUGGAUAAUCGAAAAUUAAAAAAAGCAAAUGCUUUAGUGGAUUUUGCAGCGGAAGAAGAUGACACCCCUGUUGAUAUUUUUGCUAUUGGAUUUCAAGAAAUAGUUGACCUGAAUGCAUCCAAUAUCAUGGGAGCUAGCACAGCCAAUCAAAGGGAAUGGCUUGUCGAAUUGCAGAAGACCAUUUGUCGUGACCAGAAAUAUGUCAUUCUUACCUCUGGCCAGUUGGUGGGGGUUUGCUUGUUUGUAUUUGUAAGAUCUCAGCUUACUCCUUAUAUUAGAGAUGUAGCUGUAGACUUAGUAAAGACGGGUCUAGGAGGAGCCACUGGUAACAAAGGAGCUGUUGCAAUUCGUAUGCUUUUUCAUAGUACAUCCAUCUGUUUUGUGUGUGCUCACUUUGCUGCAGGACAAUCUCAGUGGUCAGAGAGAAAUGCAGAUUAUUCAGAAAUCACCAGAAAAAUUUCAUUCCCAAUGGGACGAACUCUGAACUCCCAUGACUAUGUAUUCUGGUGUGGAGACUUUAACUAUAGAAUUGAUAUGAGUAUUGAAGAGGUGAAGGAACUGAUUCGACAGCAGAACUGGUCAGCUUUAUUGCAAGCUGACCAAUUAAAAACUCAGCAACAAGCUGGUCAGAUUUUUAAGCAUUUUAUAGAAGGUGACAUAGACUUUCCCCCUACUUACAAGUAUGAUAUAUUUUCUGAUGAUUAUGAUACAAGCGAAAAAAAUCGUAUACCAGCAUGGACAGACAGAGUGCUAUUUAGAAAGCGGAGAUUUGUCAGAGAAACUGAUGACCCAUUCUGGAAUCCUGGGAACAUUGUACAUUAUGGAAGGGCAGAACUUAAGACUUCAGAUCACAGGGCUGUGAUUGCUGAAAUUGACAUUGAGGUGCUACAAGUAAAUGAAGAGAGGAGAGACGAGGUAUUUCAAGAUGUCAUUGGCACAAUGGGACCUCCUGAUGGAACAGUUAUAGUUCAACUGGAAGAGGAAGUGUCAGGAGAAAGUUGUCAUAUAUUUGAUGAUGACUUCUUAAGUAAUCUGUUACUUUUGUUUAAUUCUGCAGGAGAAGUAAUUUUGAUAAGGUAUGUUGAAGAGACUUUAUGGGUGACAUUUCGAGAGGGUCAGGGAGCACUUGCAGCUAUAAAGUCUUCAGGAUGUGAGGUUCUAGGUCACAGGAUUAUAGUGAAACUGAAGACUCCAGACUGGAAAGUUGCCGUUGAGGAGGAACUCAAGCUGUGUAGGAAUAACACAGUACCACUAAACCAAGAACAUGAUGAAGGUAUUGGCUUACUAGAUGACGAAUAUCAACCUCCUGAAGUUGGUUAUGACAUGGAAGCUUAUCUUGUUGUGGAUGAGGAGGAAACCCAGUUGACCAUGUCCCAGCCUUCUUCUGGACGUAGUACACCAUCACUUGGGGAACCUACAGACUUUAAUGACCAAGGAACUCAUACAAGGCCACCAAGACCACCACCACCUUCACGUCCACAACCUCCUCGUAGACCUCCACCACCUCCAGCUAGCUCAACAACAAAGGGUUCCCCCAGGAGGGAAAUAAGAGCUCGUGAAGAAGUAGUGUUUGGAAGCAAAGCUCCUCCUGUCGAAGGACCUCCAUUGCCAAGUAUAGAACAUGUCAUCUCUGAGGGUGUUGCUGAUAUGAAAGUUCCAUCUAAUUGGAACCAGGCAUGGGAUAAUUCUGUAUCUGCAUCAGUCUCUGGAUCUUGGCCCACUAAAGAGAAGGUGCUUGAAGAUCCACCAACAAGACCUCCCCCGCCUUCAGUCCCAUACACUACCAGUGAAGCAUCUGCUCCUCCCAACACUCCUCCACCACCACCACCUCCUCCUCGUAUUGAUUCAUAUGAAAUGGGAUCAUCAACUCAGUCGUGGCCUGAGCCGGAAAUGUCACCACCAGAACCUCCAGUGUCCUCAUGGCAGUCGCCACCACCCUCUGGUAAAGUAGAUGUUCCUCAGUCACUUACAAAGCUGCCACCUCCUCCUCCAGUAGAAAACGUUCCUCAGCUGCCUACAGAGCCACCUCCUCCUCCAAUUCCUUCUCGCCCAAAAGUAAUGCCUACAAUAACAUUUGGAUCAACUCCUCUCUCUCAACCUGCACCUCCAAUUCCUGCACGUACUACAAGAGUACAUCCAUGCCCACCACAAGGUGUUUCAAGACGGUCAGAUCAAUAGGUUACAGCCAAUUUCUGUAGUUUAUCCAUUUUAAAUGUUUGUUGGUACCAAAGUUUAAAGUGUAACUAAAGAUAUGUAUAUUUAAUGUAUAUGUGUGUGUGUUUGUGUGUGUAUUGAUCAAAAGAUUUGUUAAACAAUGUACCUUUUCAGAUUAUUUCUUCCAUUAUUUCUUACUUAGCUUGCUCCCUCUUAAAUUCAUUUAGAUCAACAGAAUAUUUGCUUGGGAACUAAAGGUUUCUUGUUCCUGCUUUUGUGCUUCAUGUAGUUAUCUAUAAAGGUUGUAUAUUUUUUCUCUGUCUGUAAGAAUCAUUAUUUAUAAAUUAUGCUCUAUAAAUAACUUAUCCUGAUUAGUUUUAUGUCAUAGAAGACAUCUAAUGUUUGGUAUCAUUUUGGCAAUUUUUAUUUAUUGGUUUGAAACUUUUGUUUCUCAUAAUUCAGAAUCUUGCUUUGAACAUGUACUAAAUUACAUUAGAUUUUUAAGCAAUAAAAAGUCAUUAAUUUCUUGAGUGCUGUUCUAACUAAUCCAUAUUUGUGGAUAUAAUAUUUUAAUUAUUUUAUUCUUUAGAGAACUUAAAGGUCAUAACGGUUGUAAUUAUAUAUCUGAAAAUAACAUGAAAUAAUGUAAUAAUUUUUUUCUACUAUUUUAAUACUUGGGAGUUAUGAAGAAAAAUCAUUCAGUAUAUUAUUACUUAUUGCUAGAACGUACUGUUCAUUAAUUCCAUGUAAAGUAAUUUAACAAGAUCUUGUGGAAAUAUUUAAGUGAUGCUUUUCUUUAUCUGUAGCGAAACAAAGAUAAACCAAAUAAUAAAAAAAAGCUUUUAAGUAUAAAGGAUUGUGAAUUGUUUUAUAGAAACUUUUUAAGUUUGUAAAAGGAUCCCUCCCAUUCUUUCACUGGUUACAGACUUAAAGAAUAUAUAUAUCCUUGUCUGUAGAGAGUGAACAGAAUUUUUGUAUACCAGAUUACUGGUGGACUUUUGUUGUUAAGCUCCAUUUUAGUCUGUUAUAAUUUGAUUUUUGUGUAUUACAAUUUAAAUAUAUAACUGACUCGUUUGAUGUUGAUGGAUUAUUUAGGUGUUUAAAACUUUAAAAUUAGAUAAAAAAAUUUGUUACAGCUGUAAUUUAUUGUAAAGAAAGAUAGUCUUGUUGAAUGCUUUGUUAUUAUAAUUUGUGUUUCAUUAGAAGUGUUAGUUAGAAAGUUUAAAUUGUUGAUGUAAGCUAAACUAAAAUUUUAGUCAAUACAAUCAAUAGUACUUGAUUUACCGAAAGAUUUGGCAUAACAAUAAUUGAUGGGUAUCUAAAAUCAACAUAAGCACAUCAGAAGAAAUGAAGUUAUGCAGCAAAUACUAUAUUUCACAAAUAUCAUGAAAAGAAUAACUUUCAAACCUGAUAAUGAAUUUAACUCUUCAACAGGAGUUGUACAUGGAAUUGAACAAAAAAGAUCCAUUGAUACAAUAUGGAAAAUUUAAAGAAUAUAUUUAAUCGAUCAUGGAAUAUAUUGACAUAAGUUGAUGGCAUGCACAGGGUGCAAUUGUAGUUAAAGUAAUUAGACUCAUUAAUGAUGAAAAAUUACAACUAUUCUUGUUUUUUACAUGUAGCAAAAUAAUUUUUUUCUUGCAGAUACCCUCCAGAGUUUCUAGCUCAUUUCUUCAAGUUAUUUUUAAGCAGUUUGUAAAAGUUAAACACUGAAGUUUUAAUAAGUUGUUGCAAAUAAUUUUGAUACUAAGCAACAUUUAGCAUGAUCUAAUUCAUGCAACUGUUUUUUUUGGGUUUUUUUUGCAAUUUAAUUUCUCGACCAUCAACUUCAAAGCACAUUUUGUUUUCAAUAGAAAUGAUAUAAUACUCA